GUUCCGCCGUCAUGGCGAAACCUCUCCUCCUCCCCAUCCUUGCAGCGCUGCUACUAACGUACGCCGUCUGCGCGCUCUCCCUCCUUCCCUGCCCGCCUUGCGGCACAACCGCCGUCCCCUACCCUCUGAGCACCGCCGCCAACUGCGGGGACCAGUCGUACAAAAUCCGCUGCGUCGCAGGCAAGCUUCUGUUCGACUCCUCCAACAACACAUACCCGAUAACGUCCAUCUCCCCUUCCAUCCAACGGCUGACGAUAGCGCCCUCACCAUUACUCCCCAACGCCUGCGUCGCAGCCGAUCUACCCUCCAACGGCCUCCAGCUCAACCCCACCGGCCCCUUCAACGUCAGCAGCGGCAACACCAUAUUAUACCUCAACUGCACCCAAUCCAUUACGGAGUCCCACCUCAACUGCACCCAGGCCAGCCUCUGCCACCCCUACCUCAACGUCACCGGCGGCGCGUGCCGCAACGCGCCGUGCUGCGAGCUCCAUUCCGGUGGGACUAUCCGCAGGAUACGUAUGCGGGAUUCGGGUUGCCGGGCGUACACGAGUUUCGUCGAUUUGGAUCCCGGUCUGCCCGUUAACAGGUGGCCACAGCCCGCCGUGGCGUUGCGGUGGGCCUUGCCGCCGGAGCCCACGUGUGUUGUCCAGGCGGAUUGCGGGUCGGGUUCCACUUGUGGACCCGAUCGGAGCUCCGAUGGCGGCAUUGAGGUUAACAGGUGCUUUUGCAAUUCCGGGUUGCGGUGGGACCCCGUUGCUGGACUCUGUUCUCAAGGUCCGUUUACAGAGUGCCAAAACCCGGAUGGUUGUAGCUAUCACCGAAUUGUACUUAUAGCAGGUAUAAGCAUAUGCAUUGGAAUAGUACUUAUAGCAGCGUUGAUCGGAUAUUUAGUCCACAACCGCCGCAGACGAAUCAAACGAGACCAAAAACGCGUGACUCAAGAGCGCGAAGACAUCCUCAAUGCAGGAGGAGGUGGAAGAACCGCCAAAAUCUUCACUCCGAGAGAAAUUAAAAAAGCCACAAACAACUUGUCGGAGCAAAACCUCCUCGGCUCCGGAGGCUAUGGCGAAGUCUACAAAGGCAUCCUUCAAGACGGAACCCUAAUCGCGGUCAAAUGCGCGAAACUUGGAAACGCCAAAAGCACAGACCAAGUCCUGAACGAGGUCAAAAUACUAUGCCAGGUCAACCACAAGAGCCUCGUUCGCCUUUUGGGCUGCUGCGUCGAGCUAGAGCAGCCCUUGCUCGUUUACGAGUAUAUUCCGAACGGGACUCUGUCGGAUCACUUGCGGAAAGGGAAUCUUUCUUGGAAACAGAGGCUUGCUAUUGCUCAAGCAACUGCAGAGGGGCUGGCUUACCUCCACUUCUCUGCAGUUCCUCCGAUCUAUCACAGAGAUGUGAAGUCGAGUAAUAUACUGCUCGACGGGAAUUUGAACGGGAAGGUUUCGGAUUUCGGGCUGUCUUGCUUGGCGCGUGCUGAUGCCAGCCACGUGUCGACUUGCGCUCAGGGUACGCUGGGGUAUCUUGAUCCGGAGUAUUAUAGGAACUAUCAGUUGACGGAUAAAAGCGAUGUUUAUAGCUUCGGUGUUGUGCUUUUGGAGCUUUUGACUAGUCAGAGAGCGAUCGAUUUCGAUAGGGCAUCGGAGGAUGUGAACCUGGCGGUUUAUGUGCGGAGAUUGGUGGCGGAGGAGAGGGUGAUGGACGGUGUGGAUUUGAAGAUGAAGGAAGGGGCAAGUGGGAUGGAGUUGGAAACAAUGAAGGCGUUGGGGUUUCUGGCGGUGGGGUGUUUGGAGGAGCGGCGGCAGAAUAGGCCUUCCAUGAAGGAGGUGGCCGAGGAGAUUGAAUAUAUUAUUAGUAUUAUGGAUGCUAAGGUUGCAUAGA